UCACCAGUACAUACAUUGCAAGAACCAAAGUUGUUUUGAAUGGCAUAAUGUCUCCAAUAUACAGAAUUUUCUCAUAUUUUCUCUUUGUUACACUUAAAAUAGAUUUUAGAGCAGUUGAUGGCAAACUUUCAAGUGUUGAUGUCCAACGACAUCUAGAUCAAGGAAAGAGGCUGCUAUCURCAGGACAGUUAAGCGAUGCUCUAACACACUACCAUGCAGCAGUUGAUGGAGAUCCAGACAAUUUUCUUACACAUUUUCAAAGAGCAACAGUAUUUAUGGCCUUAGGAAGAUCUAAGUCUGCACUCCCUGAUUUAGAUAGAGUUUUAGAAUUGAAACCAGAAUUUUUUCAGGCCCGAUUACAAAGAGGUAAUGUMUUGUUAAAGCAAGGUAGACUGGAUGAAGCGCAUGCAGAUUAUGAAUCUGUGUUGAAAUAUAGUCCAGAAAAUGCUGAAAGUUUACAACAGUUAUCUGUAAUAGAUCCAACUAGGAGAAGUAUAUCAGAAGCUAAACAUGGUAUUGAACGAGGAGACUGCCAAUUCGCAAUAGAACAAUUGAACAUUGCAAUAGAGGUUUCCCCUUGGGAUCCAGAAUUAAGAUUAAUGAGAGCAGAUUGUUAUGAGAGAAUGGGUGAUUAUGUAAAGGCAAUAUCAGAUAUAAAGCCCACAACAAAACUUAUCAAUGAUAACACAGAGGGUUAUYUGAAAAUGAGCCAGUUACACUAUGAAAUGGGAGAACUAGAAGAUGCUUUAAGAGAAGUCAGAGAGUGUCUCAAGCUAGACCAAGAUCACAAGAAAUGUCAUCCAUUUUAUAAGAAAAUGAAGAAAUUAAAUAAACUUCUUGGAGCAGCUCAAGACCUUAUCAAUCAACAAGAUUAUUAUGAAGCUAUGGAGAAGUUAAAGAAAUCUCUUAAGCAAGAGUCUCGAAUACCUACCAUAGUUGGAAAAAUCAGACGACAAAUGUGUCACUGUCAUGUUAUGCUUGAGGCACCGGCAGAAGCUAUUCAAGAGUGUAAUAAAGCUCUUGAACUUGACGAGAACGACGUUGAUGCCCUCUGUGAUCGAGCAGAAGCACACAUUUUAGAAGAGAAUUACAACGAAGCUAUUAAAGAUUAUCAAAAAGCUAAAAGUAUAAAUGAACAUUUACACAAAGUUCAAGAAGGUUUAGAGAGAGCACAAAAACUUCUGAAACAAUCCAAAAAGAGAGAUUAUUAUAAAAUACUUGGAGUUAAAAGACAUGCAAGCAAGCGAGAAAUAACUAAAGCAUAUCGAAAACUUGCCGUAAAGUGGCAUCCUGAUCAAUUUAAAGAUGAAAAAGAAAAGAAAAAAGCUGAAAUAAAAUUCAUAGAUAUCGCUGCUGCCAAAGAGGUUCUUACUGAUCCAGAAAAACGAGCUAAAUUCGAUCAAGGCGAAGAUCCACUAGAUCCUGACCAACAAGGUGGUGGCGGAGGAUGGCCGUUCCAGGGAGGAGGAUUUCCAUUCGGAAAUGGAGGAAACGGAUUUCAGUUCAAAUUUCACUUCAAUUAAGCGUCUACUUCCUUUCUUACAUCUCAUCUUUUUCAAACUACCUUGCUUCUGAAAUAAUUAAUAUUUCUCCCAGAGAAAAUUGUUGGACUUUACCGUAAUGUUUGUUCAUAUUUUUCACAUAUCUGGCAUCAAGAGAACRCAUGAACAUUUCUAACMCUUUUUUCUCGUGUAAAAUAGUCCUGUUUUAUGGCUGAUUUACUUUGCAAAACGUUUGUCGGCACAAAUGUCUCGUUUUAUAUAGCUACAAUUUAAAGAAGGCUGUUCGGGGAAAACUGCCGGAAUGCACUAAUUCUAUUAAAAAAAUUGAAUAUCCACUCUGACUUUCGGUCUUGCAAUUGCCGUUCCUCACUUUUUUGAAAUAGCUAUAUUUUGCGUUGUUUCAUGUAGUAUGCAUUUUGUAGACAAACGUUGUGCAUAAUAAAUCAUGAGUAAGGAGAGCAAAUGUCCUCUGAAAUAUUUAUUUAUUAGGCACUUGAUUUUUUUCAAUGGUUCAAAUAAUUCGGGUUUGUUAUCAGUUAUCCGAAGUUUACAUUUUUAGCGGUAUCCGCAGUAGUCUUUACCUMGUAAAUGGUCUUAUUAUCCUAUGUGGACGUUCUCGGGGAGAGGCGAGGGAAGGUGGUGCCCUCCCCAACGCCCAUUAUGCAGAUGUCCUUGUGUCGAAGCGUGCAUAGCUCUAAUCUUCAUUCCGAGAAGAAAUUCAAAAAAUUGACCAUCCCAUCUGUUUUCAUCUGUAGGGAUAAUGACACAAUGCAAUAAAAUAUAAUUUUAUUAUGUGCGUACCCUGCCUAUAACGCACACUGCACCGCUUUAAAAUGUUGCAGACAAAAAUUUGAAACGAUGCGACUUUUUCYYGACAUCGAAAAAUGAAUGCAACGCCUUGGCGAUAGCCAGGCUAGUUAAAAACAUUGCACUAUUGUAUAGUAUGAAAUCCAGUGAAAUAUUCUAUAAAUUUCUAUUUUAAAAGAAAUAAAACUUUUGAAACUUGGAAA